GUCCGCGAUGCUCGACGCGGAUUAUGGAAACAAACAUGGCAGCUUACUAGUGCCGCUCACACCGCUCCAAGGUUGUGGUCAGUUUGAGAGGCUCGGCAACGAAAAAUAGAAUAAAUAUGCUCAGCCUGACAAUAAGGGAGGUGUCCCUGGCCCUCCGAGAGGGGAGGAUCUCAGCCACCGAGCUGUGCAGGAGGUGUCUGAACCGCAUCAGGAGGACCCAGCACCUCAACGCUUACAUCUCUGUGACCGAGGAGCUGGCACUGAGGCAGGCGCAGGAGGCCGACAGCAGGCUGCUCCAAGGUGCUCCCAAAGGUCCUCUAGAUGGAAUCCCUUUUGCUGUCAAGGACAACUUCUGCACUGAGAGCGUCAGGACCACGUGUGCUUCCAGGAUGCUCAAAGAUUACACUCCACCAUUCAACGCCACGGUGGUCCAGAAGCUCCUCGAUCAGGGGGCUGUUCUCAUGGGAAAGACCAACAUGGAUGAGUUUGCUAUGGGUGCGGGCAGUACAGACGGGGCCUUCGGUCCGGUGAGGAACCCCUGGAGCUACGCUGCUCCCUACCGAGACCGGACGGGGGCGGAUCCAGACUCUGAUUGGGUCAUCACUGGAGGAAGUUCAGGAGGAAGUGCUGCAGCUGUGGCAUCGCUCACCAGCUAUCUAGCUCUGGGCUCGGACACCGGUGGUUCCACGCGGAACCCAGGAGCUCUGUGUGGUGUUGUGGCGCUGAAGCCCUCCUACGGCCUGGUGUCCAGGCACGGCCUCAUCCCGCUGGUCAACUCCAUGGACGUCCCCGGCAUCAUAACCCGCAGUGCCAGUGACGCAGCCAUUGUCUUGGGUGUCCUCCAAGGCCGAGAUGUCAGAGAUUCAACAACAGUGCCUAGUCCCUCGUCGCUGACAGAGCUACCUGAAGACUUUGACAUCAAGAACAUCUGUGUAGGCAUCCCAAAGGAGUACCACGCCCCGGGACUGUCCCAGGAGACGCUGGCACAGUGGAGUCGUGUUGCCGACAUGUUUGAGAGAGCGGGUGCGAGAGUGGAGCAGGUGUCCCUCCCCCACACCCAGCACUCCAUUGUCUGUUACCACGUCCUGUGCCAUGCUGAGGUGGCAUCUAACAUGGCCCGUUUCGACGGCCUGCAAUACGGCCACCGCAGUGAGGUGGACAGCUCGACGGAGGCCAUGUACGCCUCCACCCGCCACGAGGGCUUCAACGAUGUGGUGAGAGGCAGGAUACUGUCAGGGAACUACUUCCUGCUCAAACAGAACUACCAGCACUACUUUGUGAAGGCCCAGCAGGUCCGCCGGCUGAUCGCAGACGAUUUCAGGCACGUGUUUGAAUCGGGUGUGGACGUGCUGCUGACGCCCACCACCCUGGCUGACGCGUCGCGCUACUCUGACUUCAUGCAGGAAGACAACCGAACACGCAGCGCCCAGGAAGACAUCUUCACCCAGCCUGUCAACAUGGCAGGUCUGCCUGCUGUCUCCGUGCCAACAUCUUUAUCAAGCCGAGGCCUUCCCAUUGGUCUACAGCUCAUAGGCCCCGCCCUGCAAGACAGAAAGUUGCUUUCUGUAACCCAAUGGAUUGAGCAGAGGGUUGGAUUUCCCACCAUCAGUGACCAUGGAGACGACAGUGAGGGAAGAGGUGACACCGAGGUGACUAAAAGGGAGCACAGCUCAUCUGUGUGAGGAGAGCUGCGGGCACGAGUAGCCAACUAUUGACCAAGUCACGAAACACAGACCCACUUAAUGGUCUUCUGAAAGCAUAAUAGACAUUUAUUCUCUGUAAAAUGCCUUUUCAGCGGCAGGCUUUCAUCCACCGACCAUUAGAAUCAUGCAGCACAUUUUUAAGAUAAGGGUGAUUAUCCUCAAUCCAUUGCAGUGUUUGUUACCCUGGGAUGAUGAUGGUAAAUAAAUUAAGCUUAUCUUGA